AUGGAACAAAGAAAUAAAAAGAUAAGAGCCAUCCCAACUGUUGAUCCAAGAACAAUAGAUGAAAUAAUCAACGAAAAACUUGCCAAUGAUUAUGAAAAGGAAAUUGAAGAAACCAAAGAAGAAAUUAUUGAUAAGGAAAUAAAAAUUCAAAAUAUCAAUACUGGAAAUAAAAGACCAUAUUAUUAUGAAGAACAAAUGGAAAUUUCUAUAUUAGAAAAUGAAAUUAAGGAUUCAAAAGAAGAAAUAAUUGAAAAGUUAUAUUUAUUAAAAGAAAAAGAUAGUGCCAGAGAAAUCCAUGCCAUAUCACUAAGAAAAAUGCAAGAAGAAAUUGAAGAAUCGGAACAAUCCUUUGAAAACGCUCAAGAGGAUUAUGAAAUCGAAGAAACCACUCUUGAAAUUGAAAAAUCCAAUUGUAAAGAAAUAAGAAAAGAACAUGAAAAGCAAUUAGAAAUUCUUGAACAUGAUAUAGAUGUUAUAAACUUUCAACUCGAAAUCAUAGCCAAAAAAAAUGAAGAAAAGGAAAAAGAAUUAGAGGAAAUAAGAAAAAAAAAUGAAUUCAGAUAUUUUAAGAAGCAAGCUAUAGAAUCACUUUUGUACCAAUCUGAAGAAGAAAUCGAGAGAUUAGAAAUGGUUCUAGGUCAAAUGGUUUAUACAAGAUUAAAUAAAAUGAAUAUUGAUAACUAG